UGCUCAUUCCCUGUUUUUGUCGUUUUCGGAUGUCGGCAUCGCAAAAGUUUGCGAUCUCGCCCUCUGCACCCGGCUUCGUCCAGCUGCUCCUCGAGCACCCUGGCAAGACCGCCGCCGGCAUCGCGCUCGCUGCGGGCGUUGCGUUCGCCGUCUCUCGCGUCGUCUCCUUCCUCCGCAUCGGCGGCAAGGUCGAUCGCGAGUCGCCGCGUCAUGGUGGCGAGCUCGUCGCUGAAACCCUCAAGGCCCAUGGUGUCAAGUUUGUCUUUACUCUGGUUGGUGGCCACAUCUCCCCGAUUCUUGUUGGCUGCGAAAACCUUGGCAUCAAGGUCGUCGAUACCCGUCACGAAGUUACAACUGUUUUCGCUGCCGAUGCAGUUGCGCGUCUCUCUGGCGUUCCCGGCGUCGCAGUCGUCACCGCUGGUCCUGGCCUCACAAACACCGUCACUGCUGUCAAGAACGCUCAAAUGGCCGAGUCUCCGCUGCUGCUGAUGGGCGGUGCCGCUGCCACCCUGCUCAAGGGCCGCGGUGCGCUGCAGGACAUUGACCAGAUGGCUCUCUUCAAGCCGAUUUGCAAGUACUGCGCCACCAUCACCCGUGUGCAAGACAUUGUGCCGACGCUGCGUGAGGCGCUGCGCAUUGCGCAGUCUGGCGUGCCUGGCCCCGUGUUUGUCGAAUUCCCGAUUGAUUCCCUCUAUCCCUACUCUGUUGUGGCUCGCGAGUUCCUCAAGGGCGACAAGAAGAAGAAUCUGACCGCUCGCAUCGUUGGCUGGUACCUCCAGCACUACGUGAACAAGCUGUUUGGUGGCGCCUGGCGCAACUAUGACUACUCGCCCCUUCCCGUUGACAUUCCUCGUGCGUCUGCUCGCCAGCUGGCCCAAGCCGCGACCAUCCUUCGCUCGGCCGUCAAACCCGCCAUUCUCCUGGGCAGCCAAUCGACCCUUCCACCAACCAAGGCCGAAGACCUCCAGGCCGCCCUGCUCAGUCUCGGCAUCCCGUGCUUCCUCGGCGGCAUGUCUCGCGGUCUGCUUGGCAAGGAGAGCGCCAUCCAGGCCAAGCAGCGUCGCAAGGAAGCCCUGCAAGAGGCCGAUGUGAUCAUCCUCGCUGGUGCCAUCUGCGACUUCCGUCUCGACUACGGCCGCUCGUUCAACCGCCGCGCCAAGAUCAUUGCUGUCAACCGAAACUCUGACGCGCUCACCAAGAACACGGACAUGUUCUGGAAGCCCACGAUGGCUGUCAAGGGCGAUCCGGGCUCCUUCAUCGUUUCCCUGGCCGCCAUUGUUGCUGGAUCGUACACGUGCGACCCGACCUGGGUGGAACUUUUGCGCUCGCGAGACGUCGCCAAGGAUGCUGACAACAAGAAGAAGGCUGCCGAGCCCUCUGCCGAUGGCAAACUCAACCCGCUCUCCGUGCUGUCCAAGUUCGACGAGGUUCUCAGCGACGACAGCAUUCUCGUGGCUGACGGUGGUGACUUUGUUGGCACUGCGGCGUACAUUGUGCGUCCGCGCGGCCCUCUGCGUUGGCUCGAUCCCGGUGCGUUCGGCACGCUGGGUGUUGGCGGCGGCUUUGCCCUCGGCGCAAAACUCGUGCGCCCGGAUGCCGAUGUCUGGGUGAUUUACGGCGAUGGCUCGCUUGGCUACAGCGUGGCAGAGUACGACACCUUCACCCGGUUUGGUCUGCCGAUCAUUUCCAUUGUCGGCAACGACGCCGGAUGGACCCAGAUUGCUCGCGAGCAAGUCCCCAUGUUCAACACCUCUGUCGCCUGCGCUCUCGCCUACACGGAUUACCACACGGUCGCCGAUGGUUUCGGCGGCAAGGGCUUUGUCGUGCACACGCUCGAGGAACUCGGCGCAGCUUAUGCACAGGCUGUCCGCAUCACUCGCGAGCAGAAAAAGCCCGUCCUCAUUAACGUUGUGAUUGGCAAGACCAACUUCCGCGAGGGCUCCAUUUCCGUGUAAAAGUGCAAAAAAACACAAAGAACGUUCUUGCUGUGGUUUUAUGCAUGUGUUUUGCUGCGCUUGUCGUGAAUACAAAACGGCUCGUUCUUUAUCAUCGAAUUGUUGUUGACAAUGAGAGCAGUCCGCCAUGAGUA